AUGUCAUCUAAUAGACAGAGAAUUGUCACAUCCAGAGCACCUGUGCUACCGCAACAGACUACGCCAGAACAGCGUUACUGGCGUCAGUAUGCUUCGGCACAGUUAGUGAAAGAGCAUAACAGCGUGACACAUAUUGCUUUCAAUCCUCAACAUCCACAUGAUUUUGCAGUAACAUCCUCCACUCGUCUCCAAAUUUUUUCAUCAAGAACUAGACAAGUUAUAAAAACGUUUUCUCGGUUUAAAGACGUGGUAUAUUCAGCUUCUUUCAGAAAUGAUGGGAAGCUUCUAUGCGCAGGUGAUGCCACUGGAUUAGUUUCCGUUUAUGAUAGUUAUAACCCCAGAGUACUUCUACUGUCUAUUAAUGCGUCUACACAUCCCACACAUGUUACGAAGUUUCACAGUCAGGACAGCAAGAGUUUAGUGACAGCAAGUGAUGACAGAGUUACUAGACUCUGGGAUAUUUCCCACGCAUAUGAACCACAAUUAGAAUUAACGGGUGCUACAGAUUAUGUACGCACGCUGUGUUUCGUACCCUCUGCGCCACAUCUUGUUGUGACAGGAUCGUAUGACGGGUUUUUGAGAUUAUAUGAUACGCGAUCCAGUGGAGCCACCCCAGUGCAUAUGUUUAAACAUAAUGAUCCAGUAGAAAGCGUCAUAUCUAUUGGGCCAACUCAAAUUAUAUCUGGUGGUGGCUCUAACUUUAAGGUAUGGGACUUGGCCAGUAACAAAAAGCUUUACGAACGUGGUAAUUUCAAUAAGACCGUCACUUGUCUUGAUUAUGUUGAAAAUUACGAACAAGGAAGUCAUUCGGCAUUGAUUGCCUCUUCCUUGGAUGGUCACGUUAAAGUUUUUGACCCAUUGGAUAAUUACCGUGUCAAAUUCGGCUGGAAGUUCUCAGGAGCUGUGCUAAGCUGUGCUCUGUCACCUAGCGAUGCGCAAGGAAAUAAGCACUUAGUAGCAGGAAUGUCGUCGGGUCUUUUAGCUAUCAGAACUAAGAAGAAAGAAAAGAAAGAAAAAGUCUUUGACUCAGAGCAAAUUGUUCUAUCUGUUUCCAAGAAGAGUAACAACUUUCAAAGGAUGAUGCGUGGAUCAGCGUAUGAGGGUGAUCAAGAGCAUAUUAUACAUAAUGAUAAAACAAAGCCCCAACGUCGCGUACGUGCAUUCGAAAGGAACCUUAACCAUUUUAAAUGGAGUGAGGCAUUGGAUAGUGCAUUUGUGCCAGGAAUGGCAAAAGAGCUCACUUUGACGGUACUAGAAGAACUGCGUAAGCGUGGAAAAAUCCGCGUUGCGCUUUACAACAGAGAUGAAUCAUCCUUAGAACCUCUUUUAAAUUGGUGCCUGAAAGGCAUUGAAGAUGUCAGAGCAGCACCUGUCGUGUCUGAUUGGAUCGCUGUAGUAAUAGAACUGUAUGGAGGAGUGUUAGAGAGUUCACCAAUACUAAAAGAGAUGGUUUUGAAUAUGAAAAAUAAAGUAAGACAAGAAGUUUACAAGGCCAAAGAAGCACAAAAGAUCGAAGGUAUGCUUCAACUUCUAACCUCGUAA